AACUUUAAAAACUUUGUUUAUUUAGAACCUUCUUUUUACAUUGUUCAAUUUUUGUCAAGAUGGCAGCAAAUUUUUGGACUUCGACUCAUGGGACGAAUUGGUUGCUUAGUCGUCAGGCUCUUGCUGAUUGCAGAAAAAUAGAUCGACAAUAUGUUAAUGAACAAGAUUUGAUAAAAGUUAACAUAUGGUUCGCUCAAAUAAUAACCGAUCUUGGAAGAAGACUUCAAGUACGACAAGUCAUUAUUGCUACUGCCAUUACUUACUUCAAACGGUUUUACACAAAGAAUAGUUUUAGAAAUACAGAACCUAAUUUAGUCGCCGCCACUUGUAUGUAUCUAGCAUGUAAAAUUGAAGAAUCUCCACAACACAUCAAAGCUAUUAUCACGGAUAUGAAAACAAUUAUGCAAGAAAGAGGGGAAAACUUUACAUACGAGAAUCAAAAAGUAGCAGAAAUGGAAUUUUAUUUAUUAGAAGAAUUAGAUUUUAACAUGAUAGUAUAUCAUCCAUAUCGUUCAUUAAUGACAUUGGCACAAGAUCUAGGCACAAAAAACGAAGAUGUACAAUGGGCUUGGUAUGUUAUAAAUGAUUCUUAUAGAACUGAUAUGUGUCUGUUAUAUCCACCACAUGUUGUUGCUGCUGCUGCUCUUUAUUUACGAAUAGCACUUAGAGGAGGUGCGCAAUAUGGUGAUUAUUCUCUAACAUCAACUACGAGUACUGCGAAUGACAAUAGUGUUGCUGGCGUAACUACAAGAGGUGCGAAAAGGGGUGCUGCCGCUGCUGCUAGUAACAAUAAUACUAAUACCACCGCUAAUGAAACUCCAAAAGUAAAAGAUAUUAGAUUAUGGUUUGCUCAAUUAAAUGUCGAUCUUGAACAUAUAUCCGAUAUAGUACAAGAAAUAAUUUCAUUAUAUAAAUUAUGGGGUGAAGAAGAUAAACAAAAUGAAAAAAUUCGUGAAAUAUUGACAAGAUUACUAAAAUGAAAGUUAUUUUAUAUAUAAAAGAAAAAAAUUAUAUAUUAAAAAUUAGUAAGAAAUCAACUUUUAAAGACAAUUUAGCAAUAGAUUUUAUAAUUAUAGAUGACAAAUUUAGCAAAUUUGUGACGUUUUAA